AUGAUCCACGAAGAUGCUGACUGGCCCGGUGGCAGAAAUGUCGCCAACGACCUAUCGACCCACGAACCACCUGAGAUGACAUCUCAACACACCACAUCCGCCGCCGGCACAAGCCCAUCAAUAUGUCCUGCCGACCACGAAGCCAUCGUGCCCUUACGACACCAACCCAACGAUGAGCAGCAGCGUAAAAUACCGAAGCAAAGCUGGGAGUACAUCGUCAAAAGCGGUGUCGCAGGGGGUAUCGCAGCCUGCGCAGCAAAAACAGUAGUGGCACCACUGGACAGAGUCAAAAUCCUCUUCCAAGCCAGUAACCCUGAAUUCGCGAAAUACACCGGCACCUGGACCGGCGCGAUCAGAGCGAUCCAGGAUAUCUACCGUACAGAUGGCGGACGGGGCCUGUUUCGCGGCCACAGUGCGACGUUACUUAGGAUCUUCCCGUACGGUGGCAUCAAAUUCUUGGCUUAUGAGCAGAUUCGCGCGGUUCUGAUCAAGGGUAAGGAUCAAGAGACGCCGUUGCGGAGGUUCAUGGCGGGGAGUCUGUCCGGGUGCGCGAGUGUGUUUGCCACGUAUCCGCUUGAGGUUAUUCGGGUACGAUUGGCGUGGGAGACCAAGGGGCAGAAGAGGGUGACGGUUCGGGAUAUUUGUCGCACGAUAUACCAUGAACAUCCGCCUGCUCCUAAGCCGCCGAGUGCAGAGGUGUUGCAGCAGAGUUUGAAUAUCCCGAGGUCUGCGGCGACGGCUGUUAGUGCGACGAGUGAGGCUGUUAGUGCUAUUACCGUCCGAUCUGGAUUGGCGAAUUUCUUUCGAGGGUUUACGCCAACGCUCUGGGGUAUGAUACCCUACGCCGGGACAUCGUUUCUCGUUCAUGAUAUGGCGGGAGAUUUCAUGCGAUUACCACAUCUUACACCAUAUACCGUUCUACCCAUGUCCGAGCGAUCGCAGAAGCAUCUCGCGCCAGGCAAAUCUACACCAUUACGCGCUUGGGCCGAACUAGCUACUGGAGCGAUUGCUGGGUUUGUGAGCCAGACUACAUCGUAUCCUCUCGAGGUUGUGCGGCGAAGGAUGCAAGUUGGUGGUGUAGUUGGUGAUGGACACAGACUUACGAUGGUGGAGGUUGGCAGGAACAUUCUCAAGGAUAGAGGGUGGAGAGGCUUCUUUGUUGGGUUAGGGAUUGGGUAUGUCAAGGUGAUUCCUAUGGUGGCGACGAGCUUUUAUGUUUAUGAGAGGGGGAAAGUGUAUUUUGGGAUAUGA